AUGUCGCCUCUACAACACUAUAGUUUGGCAGCCAGAAUGCGCCAUCUCUCACACACGUACAACGGCACACCCGUUAGUGCUUUGCCUUUGCCUGUAUCUCACCUCACGUCUGUCCUCGACCGUCCCAGCGCUAGCACCACAACUCUGCCGCAAAUGGGUGACCCCUCUGCCUAUGACUCGCCACACAACAACGCAUACGACACGCGCAACAGCGAACAGGACAUGAGGCAUAUCCAUGACGAGGGCUCCGAUAGAUCGUCACUAUCCCUAAG